UCGGCGCUCGCGAGGCCGAGCGGCUGUGCGGGGCCGAGCAGGGCCGGGCGCCUGCGGCGCGGCCUCCCUGGCGAGGGGAAGGGGCCCGGGCUGGGCCGCGGCGGCGCCAUGGGGAAGCGAGACAACCGCGUGGCUUACAUGAAUCCCAUAGCUAUGGCCAGAGCACGAGGUCCUGCCCAAAAUUCAGGACCAACAAUACAAGACUACUUGAACAGACCAAGGCCGACAUGGGAAGAAGUGAAAGAACAGUUAGAGAAGAAAAAGAAGGGAUCCAGGGCUUUGGCUGAGUUUGAAGAGAAGAUGAACGAGAAUUGGAAGAAAGAACUGGAAAAACACAGGGAGAAAUUACUGGGUGGAAAUGAGAGUUCUUCCAAAAAGAAAGAGAAAAAGAAAAAAGAAAAGAAGAAAUCUAGUAGGUUGUCUUCAUCUUCCUCUUCUUCAUCAAGCUCUGAUUCUUCCAGCAGUGCAUCUGAUUCAGAAGACGAGGAUAAAAAGCAGGGGAAGAAAAAAAAGAAAAAGAAACACCGCUCCUCACGGAAAUCUUCAUCAAGCUCAGCUUCUGAAUCUGAGUCAGACAGCAAGGACAGCACAAAAAAGAAGAAGUCAAAGGAUGACCAUGAGAAAGAGAAGGAUAGUAAAAAUCAUCACAGAAAGAGGAAGAAAGCGGAUCGUGGUGAUGGGCCUUUAUCAUCAGAAUCCUUAUCAGAACCGGAUCAGACAGAGGAGGUUCAAGUGAAAAAGAAGAAAAGCAAUGAGGAAAAAGAGAAAGCAACAGAUAAAGCAAAAAAGAGAAAGAAGCACAAGAAGCAUAGUAAAAAGAAGAAAAAGAAAGCUGCUGGUUCAAAUUCGGAUUUGGAAUAGUAUUUAAAAAAACAAAAACAAAAUCAAAAGCAAGACUAUCAACAAAAGUGCAAUGACUGAAGGAAAUUUAAACUGUGAAAUGAUAACAAACUUUACCAAACUGCAUGAGUUUUCCUGUGUUCUAGAAAUAUUCCUAAUCUUUCAGUAGCCAGCCAGAUGCAGCUGUGCUGGGGAAGACCGUUGUUAUUGCCUGCUGCUUAAUACACGAGGUACAACUUUUAUUAAGGUCCAGUAAGCAGUGUUGGAUGUUUGAAACAACAUAAGAUGGUAGUCCAGCUAAGAUGUAAAAUAUUGGAAAGUAAGAGUUAAACUUUUUAGAUACCGAAAGUAGUGUUUUAAAGCAUUAGUAAUAGUCUUUAUUUGUAAAUCAGGACAGAUAAAAUCCCAAAUUCAUCUUGUAGGUUUAUAUUAUACUUAAACAGUUACCAGCUGGUGUCUGCGAAUGGCAUUUACAAAAUGGGAAAUUGAUGACAACAUAUAAAAUGCUGCCUUUGUAGUAAUUGCCCCAUUACUGUCUUCAUGCUUAUGAGAAAGGGAAUGCUACCAUUUUGGCUAACUGAAUAGGGUGCCUUUGCCUUGAUCCUUGCAAGUCUCUGCUAUUUUUAAUCCAUGCAGCAUCUCUGAUUCCAGAGAGGCCAGAACUAUUGUCAGCAGACCUUUUCUGAAUAAGCAGUUCUGGGCUUCUGAGCAUGUGCUUCUGCAUUAAGCAAGAGCAAUGACAUUUUGCAGUAUAACUGACAUUCAAAGCCAGAAGACUUUACCUCUGCUUCUUUGAAAUAGCGAUAGAUCUGUGCUAGUAAAUGAGCCUAUUUUAUUUAAUGUAAUUUUGGUUUAGUUGAACACUUCUUGCAAACUCCAGUGGCUUUUUCUUUUCCCUUCGCAUUACCUUUUGGAUUGUUUUGCAUGAUUUGUACCUUUAUUAAAUUAACAAAAUGCAGGUAAUCAUUUGUUGUAACCAAUUCUCUGGAUUAUGUUCCACAUGCAGAGUUUCAUCUAUGUAUUUAGUUAUUCUUUAGUUAUUCUUACAGUUAAGUUCAUUGCUGUGUUGAAGUGCACACUCGUGAAGAUAUUUAGCAUGUAAAAAGCAGGGUUUUGAUACCUUAACAGCUUCAUAUUGAAGCUGAUUUUACUCUUAAGCAAGUUCAGUGGCAGACCUGUUACAUGACGCAUCUUGUUAGAUUAAGGAAAAAAACAUACUGCCAGAAUCUCAUUAAAUAUGCUGAUUAAACAGUUUGUAUUUAUAUUUUUGUACUUGAGGGCUACAGAAUGUUGACCUAAAUCAUAAAGCUGUUUUAUUUUAAAUUAGUUGCUUUAGGAAUUGAAAAUAAGCUUUUAUAAAUUAAAUGUGCACGCAAGAAAACACAAGCAACCGUUAGAUUUUAGUUUUUACAUGAAAUUCUCCUUGUAUCUUCCAUUGAAGUACCCGUGGCUGUGCCUGCUUUAGCCUUUAACAACCACCCAUCUGUCUGAGUGGUCAGCUAGGGAUAUGACAGGAACGAUCCACCCCUUUUGCCACUGCACAGGUGCUAACUGCUAACUUACCUCUAAAAUACCGACGUUUGAAGUAUUUUAUUGCCAAGGAUUUCAAGACCUUUCACAGCUGAUAAUUAGUCUGCAGAUUAUAAAUAAAAACUGAGGGGAGAGAGAUGAUUUGACGUUGUCAUUCUACAGCGAGGUUGACUUUUCUAUUGAGUUCUUAGAAAAUACAAACAUGGAGUCCCAGCAGUGCCGUACACUAAAUAGUCAGAUGGCGUAUUUAUAUUGUUGGUUGAUGCUACUGAUCCUCCGCCCCGUUGUGUCAGUAAAGGCAGCGAGUAGUAGGGGUUUGGUUGGGGGCUUUUGUGUUGUUGUUUUUCAGUUGUGGCAUUGCAGUGUUGGUAACCGUUUGUAAUGAACCAUAUCCAAUGCUCUGCUCUGUGUGAUACCUUUGUUGACUUUUACGCAACUACCUGCAACAGAAGGAAAUAAAAAUGGGAACGAGAACCACAGUCUUCCACAUCCGUAGGCCGGUAUGUCAUUUUAGUAGUCUGAAUAGAACUGCCCUUGUUGUCAGCUGUGUGCUUCACAAACGCUUGCAGCGCUUUGGAAGUUGUAGCUAUUAAGGAGCUUACAGGCUUUGUCAGUUCACAGUGAAGCCGCUUUCAUGUUGGCGAUGGAACGUGUUUUGGUUUUCAAUACAUUAGACAACCACA